GAAAAUUUCAGAACUCAAAGAUCAUUUGGAAUUAGUUACUGGAAUACCAUACAGUCUACAAAAACUAAGCUACUUGGAUGCAGAAUGUAAUAUUUACCUACUUACAUGCAUCCAUCCAUGCAUGCUAAGCAAGACCAAGACUGAAGACAUCAACUACGUUAUUGCCAACUGUGAGAGAAUAUUUUCCAGAUAUCAUCUUCCCAUGAGGCAUGGUGUGGUGGGCAGAACAGUUUGGACUAGGAUAACAAAAAAGAAAACAUCCACAAAUGAAGUUGACCUUAUUGAGACUAAUGGGUCAAUAAGAUAUUGACAGAAUUUAAAAAUUAAAACAGCAACUAAGUUAAAACACAACCAGCCAGAUAUUAUUGUGUGUGACUGCAAGGAAAAGAUGUGUUCCAUUGUGGAAAUCAGCUACCCCCAGGACUCAGCGUGGUUAGAAAAUACAAGAGAAAGAGAACAUCUAUGGACCAUUGAUAAAGAGUUUGCAAAUCUAGUGCUCAGGAUGCACUUUCAGAUUCAUAACUAUUAUUAUCGGAGCAGGAGGAUACAUCCCAAUCCACCUAAAGCAAAGUAUGGCUGAUCUUGGAUUCUUUGGAAGAGUAUUCAACUCUUUAAUUUGUACACUACAAAUGAUCACAAUAUCUGGGGUAAUAAAAAUUUGUAAGGAUGAUAAACAAAACAAACUGCUGUCCUUCAUAACCUUGCAACCAAGUAGGUGGCCUGUCAGAUUUUAUUCUAAAUUACAUACAUACAUAUACACACACAUGCAUGCACACACGCAUACACAUAUACACACAUACAAACAGACAAACAGUUUGAAUAUAAAAUUAUAAAUUAAAAACAAUGUUGUGGCGAAGCAAAAAUGCCAGGCGAUUUCAUGCAAGAUCAGACUUUUCUAAGCAGAAAGUGAAAUCACCUAAUCAUCAUUUGACUGGAAAUGUAUAACCAGACAUCAUUUGUACUGGAGUUUCAAAAAUUAACAUCUGGUCAGGUAGAAGGGUAAAAGCAAAGCAAACUACUUGGCUGCAGGAAGCUGGAAAAUGAAACCUAAGAAAACCUUUAAUUUAUCAAGAGACAUUUUGGAAAAGGCUUUCAAAGUUAUUUACCCUGGUAUGAAAAAAGUUAUAUUGUAAAGCAAGUGGAUGGAGGAAAAGGCAAUGUUAGAGUAUUACAUGUACGUAUGUGUACAUAUGAGAGGUGUUUAGGGAUAAGGAAAAGAAUGUCUGAGAGUGUUGGAAUGGAAUAAAUUACACCAAUCUCAACUGCUUAGUAGGACUCAACCAGUUUAGACUAUAUUCACAUUUGUGGAAGCAAGGCAUAAAAAUAUCCUUUUUGGAAUUCAGUAAACUAUCCAGAUGAAGAGAAUUGUUCAGGACCAUCCACUUCCCUACCAAACAGAGUUUGCAACUCUUGCUGCUGUUAAAAUGCAGCCUGCAUUUUCCAAGCAGUGAUAAACACAAACACAUAGACAUGCAUACACAUUCAUACACACACAUGUAUUUCAGUCAUCAUCAUCAUCAUCAUUAGCACACUGGGCGAAAUGCUUAGCAGUAUUUCAUCUGCUGCUACGUUCUGAGUUCAAAUUCCGCCGAGGUCAGUUAAAUAAGUACCAGUUACACAUUGGGUUGAUGAAAUCAACUAGCUCCUUCCCCCAAAUUUCAGGCCUUGUACCUUUAGUAGAAAGGAUUAUCAUUUCAUGUCCAUCUUCUAUGCUGGCAUGGGUUGGAUGGUUUGACAGGAUCUAGUGAACUGGAAGACUGCAUUAGGCUCCAGUAUUUGUUUUGACAUGAUUUCUACAGCUGGAUGCCUUUCCUAAUAUCCUUUCUACUAAAGGCACAAGGAUGAUAGGCAAAGUCAACCUUGGUGGAAUUUGAACUCAGAAUGUUCACACAGACAAAAUAUUGGCACUAGUGAGGUUGCUGAUUAACUCGCAAGACAAAGAAAAUGACUCUUCAACUGAAUGGGAUUGCAGUAGACAGGGAAGUGACUCUAUGCCCAGUGUUGAGAUGCUGAAGUAUGACAGAUGAACGGGCACAGGUGUCUUGCUGUAGAGGAGAUACAUGGUUGCCUUGUGUUAUAUAAGGGUGGAAGUAACUGGAAAGAAAACUGAUAGUGAUGAAGUGUCAGAACAUACUUUCAAAAUACAAGAAGCAGAUUUGUUGGAUGACACAACCCUUACAGAAAACCGUAUUCUUCCUAAAACAGAAGUAGAUCUUGAUGUCUGGACAAUAUGGAGAGAGUUUGUAAAAGCAGCAAUUAAAGGUGAUGUUUAUGAGGUUUUCAGAUUAGGAGUAACUCAUGACACUCAAUUUGAAGCACCUACAAGUCAAUAUAUAUUAGCUAUGGAAGAAGAUGUUCGAAGAGACUGGAUUGACUUCAGAGCUUUCGUUGCUUUGUGUAUUGGAGCUAAUCGAGGUUUCCUGUCACUUUGCAAAGAACUGGUUGCUCAUGGUGUGAAUCUCAAAGCAAAAACUUCAAGGGGUCGAACAGCACUUCACAUAGCUGCAUCUCAUGGACGUCAGGAAAUUAUAGACCUGCUCAUUUCUGAAGGGAUAAAAAUCCUAGAAAAGGAUUUAAGUGGCUGGGCAGCUAUUAACAUUGCAAUUUUAUUUGCAAAAACUGCAGCUGAAAAGCAGUUGGGUUCAAUACAAUCAAGACAGAAAUUUGCAAGAUUGAAAACACCUGCAAAAAGUUUCAGAGCAAAGGAAACAGAUAAUUCAAAAAUAACUCAUGAAAACUUAGCGGAAUCUCUACUUAAAAAAAUGUCUAAACAUGAGAGCAGAAUGCCAAAUAUUGAAAGGACUUUGACAAGUCAUCAAUCUGGAAUUAAUAAAGAAGGAUUAAAGGAAGACAUUGAGGGUGUAAAUGAACCUCCAAAGACAAACAUACCACUUGUUGAAGAAACUUCGGAAAGAUUUUCAGAUCUUCUUAAGGAUAUUGACUCAGAAGGACUAAAGGAAAAUAUUGGUGGUGUUAAAGAACCUCCAACAAAAAAAUUGUCUAAUAAACGUAAGAGCAAAAUAUCUCCAGGUACAGAAAGUUUUCGAAAUAUUCAAGUUAAUGAUGGUUUGAACAAAUCUUCAAAUGCAUGUAUAAUAAGGGAGAAGUCAAACAAUCUAGUUGAAACUGAAGUUAUGUGGGUAAAUUAUAAUGAACAUCUUGAACAAGAAGAUUAUAAAGAAGAAGAAGGAGAAGAAGAAGAAGAAAAAGGUCAAAGAAGAAGAAUAGGAGGAGGAGAAGGAAAAGGAGACAAAAAUGAGGAAAAAGAGACGAUUCACUCAAAAGAUUCCCUCCAUGAUUACCUUAUUUCAUUGAAAUCUGAGGAGUCUGCUGUUCAGUAUCCUGCAUGGGCUGUUGAUGCCCACCUGAAGCAAAUUGAAUCAGUUAACAAUUCGGCUAAAUUGGUUUUGCUUAAAUUACAGAAUCAUGAAGUGGGGAAGAUUAGUUAAUUUAAUUAUGCUGCUUAGAUUCCAGGUGACCUAUACAAUAUUAGUAACCAUAUAAUAUUACCAUAUAAUAUUCGUUACCCUGGGUUUCCUGUCCAUAAAGGGUUUAACCUUAUGGUGUAACUAUGGUAUAUAAAUCAAAGACUAGGAGAAAUCUCAACUGUAACAUAGCAUUGAGUUAAUUUUUCCCUGAUUCAGACUACAAAAAUGUAUCCAUAAUAAUGUCUCUAAGGGCAAAAAAAUCAAAAUGUGAUUAAGUUGAUUUCAAUAUAUCAGUCAACAUAUCCUGAUCAUGGUAUUUAUAAAAAAAAUACAUAAAUCUGAAUUACAAUCUUUUCAAGCUCAUUUGUAUAAUAUUGCUGUGGGGAAAUUGCAAGUCAUGACAUUUUACAAAGAUGCCUAGCAUGCUGUAUUAGUUAGUAAAUUUUGGUAUUAGUACUACAAUUAGUAAAUAUUUUACCAAAAACAAAGUAAUAAUAAACAAACAAUAUAAUAUAUAAUUAA